AUGGAGCUCCUACUUACCCUCCUCACGCUCCUCCUGCCCCUCACCACCGCUCUCAAAUUCGACAUGCAAGCCCACCCUGGCCACGAAUCCGCAUCAAAAGAACGCUGCAUCCGCAACUUCGUCGCCAAAGACCAGCUGGUAGUCGUGACCGCGACCGUGAGCGGGAACCGAGGGGAUGGCCAGACGCUCAACAUGCACAUCAAAGACGCAGUAGGCAACGACUACGCCCACCCCCGCGACAUCACGGGCGAGGGCCGCUACGCCUUCACCUCGCACGCCGACAGCGCCUUCGACGUCUGCUUCGAGAACAUCCUGUCCGGCGCUUCCUCGUCCUCGUCCAAACACAUCGAACUCGACAUCGACAUCGGCGCCGACGCGAAGGACUGGAGCGCGAUACAGGCGGGGGAGAAGCUGAAGCCGGUGGAAGCGGAGCUGCGACGGAUUAGCGAGGUGGCGAAGGAGGUGGUGGAGGAGAUGGAGUUUUUGAGGGGAAGGGAGAUGAGGUUGCGGGAUACGAAUGAGAGUACGAAUGAGCGGGUUAAGUGGUUUGCCGUGGGGACGAUGGGGAUGUUAGUUGCGUUGGGUGUGUGGCAGGUGGUGUAUCUGAGGGCGUACUUUAGGAGCAAGCAUUUGAUCUGA